AUGGCCCGUUGGCUUAAGUGCAAGGAGGAAGCGAUUCCAUUUUUAUACUUGGGUCUUCCCGUUGGAGGUAAUAUGUCGUCUUCGGCAAGUUGGCAGCCCAUCAUUGAGAAAUUCAAGUCUUGUCUUUCGGUCUGGAAAGCUAGGCAUCUGUCCAUCGGCGGAAGGUUAUGCCUAUGUAAAUCAGUGUUGGGCAGUUUGGGCACCUACUACUUCUCGAUGUUCAAAGCUCCUAAGAAGGUGAUUAGUACUCUUGAAAUCAUCAGAUGCCAUUUUUUCUGGGGUGGAACGGAAGAUGUAAAAAAAAUUAGUUGGGUGGUGUGGGAUCGGGUUCUUAGCGACAAGAAGAGUGGCAGGUUGGGUAUUGGGAGUUUACGCACCCUAAACCUCGCAAUGCUUGCUAAAUGGUGGUGGAGAGAGCGUACAGAGGUUCAUGCGAUCUGGAACGCGGUAGUGCGCUACUGCAACUUGACUCAAUUCUUGUCUGGCGCUAGCAGAGACAGAAGAACUGUCUGGAGCAAUAUCAAAAGUACUGAAAAGAACCUUGGCGAUAUAGGGAUCAAUAUCAAUAGUCUUCUGAUCGACGCGCCAGAUAGAAAUCGGUGGUCUUAG